CCGCGAACCGCGCCGCGGACCCAAAAAGUUCAAGCUCAACCCCAAAGCCAUGGGCCAGUGCCAAUGAUGAGGGUGCCCUCAGCUAAAUCCUGGUCUUCAACAAUCAGAUUGCCCAAGUCCACAUUCCCCCCUCGAACGAAGCCGGCCGACCAAGCUAAAUAUCUCCAACGAUGCACCGAUGACCUGUACGCCUGGCAGGCGAAGGUUCGCGCCCAGCAGAAGCCGUUUGUGCUUCAUGAUGGGCCACCAUAUGCCAAUGGCAGCCUCCACGCUGGCCACUCCGUGAACAAGAUCCUGAAAGAUCUUAUUUGCCGAACAGAGCUCCAGCAAGGUCGCAAGGUACAAUUCGUGCCGGGCUGGGAUUGCCACGGCCUCCCGAUCGAAAUCAAAGCCCUCGAACAAGUCCGCGCGAAGAGCGAAGAUAGAGAGGUAAACCUCGACCCCAUAGGCAUCCGACGCGCCGCGCGGAAUCUUGCACGGAAAACAGUGAAGGAGCAGAAGAAGGGGUUUAGGGAGUGGGGUAUAAUGGCAGACUGGGAGAAUCCCUGGGUCACGAUGGAUAAGGAGUUUGAACUGAAGCAGCUGGAGGUGUUUUUGGAGAUGACGAGGCAGGGACUGAUUUUUAGGCGGUAUAAGCCUGUUUAUUGGUCGCCGUCUUCGAAGAGCGCGUUGGCGGAGGCGGAGUUGGAGUAUAAUGAGGCCCAUGAGUCGAUAACGGCCUAUAUCAAGUUCCAGGUUGUGGCGGUGCCGGAGGCGUUGAAGGCUCGGGGGGUGGAUACUGAGCGCCUACAUGCUGUCAUAUGGACUACUACGCCGUGGACUCUACCCGCGAACAAAGCAAUUGCCGUCAGCCCUGACCUCGAGUAUACAGUGGUGGAAGUCGGCAGUGAACAACUGCUGAUUGCCAAGUCACGCCUCGAGCAUGUUGCGGCGAAAUGCGCAUUCCCCGAGUCGUUCAAGGUGGUUGUCGAAUCGAUUAAAGGCUCUGAACUCGAGGGACUGACAUAUGUCAAUGCCCUCCAUGGCGAAAAUGCUCCAAUCCAGCCCUUGAUAUUCGCAGACUACGUGUCGGAUGCGAGUGGAUCGGGUCUUGUUCACACUGCUCCCGGCCAUGGAAUGGAAGAUUACGACGUGUGCACAAAGUUGGGGAUCGAGGCUUCCGCGCCCGUGGAUGAUGCCGGCUGCUUCACGGACGAGGCAUUACCUCACAAUCCGUCCGCGCUGGCCGGAAAAUCUGUUCUUGGCGGCGGCAAUGAAGCUGUGCUCGCGCUUUUGGGAUUCCAAGUCCUUGGGGUUCAUAAGCACGAGCACAAAUACCCCUACGAUUGGCGCACGAAGCUUCCUGUGAUAGUCCGUGCGACUGAGCAGUGGUUUGCGGAUGUAGGCAGUAUCAAGGAUAAAGCGCUGAAAAGCCUUGACAAUGUCAAGUUUAUCCCGGAGAACAGCCGUUCGAGGCUAGAGAGCUUUAUCAAGGGGAGGAGCGAGUGGUGUAUUUCCCGGCAACGAGCUUGGGGUGUUCCCAUCCCUGCUCUGUACGACGAAAGUGGCAAGGCUAUUUUAACGCAGGAGAGUGUGUCACAUAUUAUCUCGGUAAUCCAGGAAAGGGGCAUCGACUCAUGGUGGACGGAUGCUCAAGAUGAUGUAUCAUGGGUUCCCCCUAGUCUCCGCGGCCAAGGUACCCUAAAACGGGGUACAGACACCAUGGAUGUGUGGUUUGACAGCGGAAGCAGUUGGACUCAAACCGAGGGGCCUGCAGACGUAUACAGCGAGGGAACAGACCAGCAUAGAGGGUGGUUCCAAUCGAGUCUUUUGACGCACAUAAGCGCAUCCGGACUGGACUCGGCUCCCUUUAAGACAUUGGUCAGCCACGGUUUCACGAUCGAUGAGCAUGGCAAGAAGAUGUCCAAGUCUAUUGGCAACGUUAUUUCUCCCGAAGAGAUCAUGAAUGGAACCUUACUGCCACCGAUAAAGCGUAAGGGAAAGGCGACUGGCCCACCGGCAUACGAUGGUCUCGGAGCUGAUGCAUUGAGGCUCUGGGUCGCGAGCAGUGACUACACGCAUGAUGUUGCACUUCGCCAGCCGGUUUUCAAGGCUAUCAACUCGACCUUACUGAAGUACCGCACAACCCUCAAAAUGCUCCUGGGCUCAAUGAGGGAGAGCAGCGAAAAAGUGCAGUUGACGAAGUUGGAUACUAUUGCAUUGUACCAGCUGCAGCAAACUCAGAUUGGCUUCAAUGAAGCGUGUCGGGCGUACAAUUUCCACAAGGCUGUCAGCAUUUUGAAUCGCUGGAUUAAUACGGAUCUAUCGUCGUUCUACUUGGAGGCUAUCAAAGAUCGCUUGUACUGUGGAAAUGGAGGCGGUGUGCUCUACCCCAUCUUCAUGGGACUUAUGCAUAUGCUUGGUCCCAUUACACCGGCUCUAGUCGAGGAAUCAUGGGAGCAUAGGCCGCAGUGGAUGAAGGACAGUACUUCUUCUGUACACCCCCUUCAACGCAGCACCGAGGAGCUACGUCUUCUCACCUACAAGUUCCCCGCAAGUCUGCCAACAGAUAUCUCACAUCUGAUGGCCGCCAACGCCGCCAUCAAGACUGCUCAAGAAGAGGCCCGAACCGAAAAACUCGUUGGGUCAUCUCUCCAAUCUUCUGUUAUCCUGACCCUACCCAAAGAAUCACAAGAUUUGUUCCAGAACUACGCCGACGAGCUCCAAGAAAUCUUCGUCGUCUCAUCUGUCGAGUUUGGCUCUGGAGAAGAGCGUGUGGCUGAGUGGAAAUUCAAGGCUGAAUUCGAAGUCCCAGGUGGGAAGGGAAUUGCAUGGGUUCUCCCUCCAAAGGAGGCGAAGUGUCCUAGGUGCUGGAAAUACGUGGCUCCUACUGAGGAUGACUUAUGUGGGAGGUGUGCUGAGGUCGUUGAGGUUACGCCGUCGUCGUGAAGAAGCGGGUGAAGUGGUGAUGCUGGCUCUCUACUACUUGUAUUGUAUGUAAAAACAGAAUUGCAUUGUAUAAUACAUAGAGGAAUAAAUGUUCAUAUAUCUGGUU